AUGGAGUUAAUAUCCACCACAGGACUAGCCGUUGCUAAACCUGCAUCCACUCCUAUUGAACUUAAUCAGAAACUCACCACCACAGAGUAUGACAAACAUGUAAGGCACAAUGGUGAUGAAGAGCUGCAAGAUGUGGGUAGUUAUCAAAGGCCGGUGGGUCAGUUACUCUACUUGACCAUUACACGACCUGCCAUUUGCUGUGCCGUGCAAGUUUUGAGUCAGUUCAUGCAGCAUCCCAAGCAGUCAUACUUAACUGCUGCACUUAGAGUGGACCCUAUUACUCAGCUUUCUGCCUUUUGUGAUUCAGAUUGGGCAGCAUGCCCAAACACACGAAGGUCGAUCACUGGAUAUGUUGUCAAGCUAGGGGAUACCUUAUUGUCCUGGAAGUCCAAGAAGCAGCAGACAGUGAGUCGAAGCUCAGCUGAAGCUGAAUAUAGAAGCCUCGCAGCAGUAGCAACUGAGGUUACUUGGCUAGUUGGAUUGUUGCAAGAGUCGAACAAUGAGAUACAUCACCCUGUUGAUCUAUAUUGUGAUAGCAAAGCUGCUCUUCAAAUAGCAGCAAAUCCCAUUUUUCAUGAGAGGACAAAGCACAUCGAGAUAGAUUGUCAUUUUUUUCGAGAGAAGAUUAAGAAUGGUUUGCUCGCUCCUUAUCACAUUUCAACCAAGCUUCAGUUGGCUGAUCUUAUGACAAAAGGUCUUGGUGUUGCUCAGCACUCCUUCCUUCUUUCCAAGCUCGGAGUGUUCAAUAUUUUCUACCCUCUAGCUUGA